UCCUUACACAUUAUUUUACAUUUUGUUCAGUGAAAUUUCAUAAUAAACAUAGAAAAAGACGUUUGCAAAAUUGCGGAGACAAUUGAAAAAGGGAGUCAACAAUCGAUAAAUAAAAAAAUGCAAAAUAUCCUCCGUCGAAUUUCGCGCCAAAAAUGCCACUGUGUGUCAUCAUGGCCGCGGUCUUGGGCCGGACGUGUGUAGUGAGCAAACGAUUCUCACCGUUUUUGAUAAACACGGUAAUUAGUAUCAAUUCCCGCAGACAGCAAUGGAAGCUAAUAGGAUUGAACGCUGUGAUAAACUGCCAGUGUUAUCACACAUCUUCGAUUUGCAGGAGAAAAAAAACUCGAGCUGAGAGAGAAGCCAUAACUGAUUAUGUAUACAAUCAGAAGUCUACGGUAAAGCUGCCAGUGGUGGGGGUAUGGAAGAGAAUGACAGUCCAGGACGUUGCCACAGUCACCAAUCGUUCGAUACAGGACGUUUUGAAGGCGAUCUCUUACGCAGACAGCGGUUACUACACAGCCCAGACGAUAAUAGAGGACAAUCAGGUGACUUUCGAGGCAGUGAGACGCCUAGGGAUCAGAUACAAGCUCGUACCAGCCCCUGGGACUGAAAAGGUCAAAGACAAUGACAAGGACCAUGACGCAGUAAAGCGUCCAUUACCUGAUAUCUCUCAGCUGGUCAAGAGACACCCAGUGGUAACUGUGAUGGGACACGUGGAUCAUGGCAAGACGACACUGUUAGACACCCUGAGACACACAUCGGUGGUGGACUCGGAAUUUGGAGGUAUCACUCAGCACAUAGGAGCCUUCAACGUUAGCUUGGAUUCUGGGGAGAGAAUUACGUUUCUUGAUACACCUGGACAUGCGGCUUUCAGCUCUAUGAGGGCCAGGGGCGCCAAUGUCACUGAUAUUGUUGUGCUGGUGGUGGCUGCCGACGAUGGAGUCAUGGAACAGACUGUUCAGAGCAUCAGGAUGGCUAAGGAAGCUGAUGUUCCCAUUAUUGUUGCUGUUAAUAAGAUCGAUAAACAAGAGGCAGAUAUUGAAAGAACCGAAAAAAUGCUGGCUGAACAGGGCAUUCAGGUGGAGUCACUGGGAGGGGAAGUUCCGUCUGUCCAUAUCUCAGCUCUCAAAGGGACUAAUCUGAAGGAAUUGAUUGAGACUAUUGCAGCACUGGCGGAAGUCAUGGAUCUGAAGGGGGAUCCGAAGGGCCUGGUUGAGGGGGUGGUCCUUGAGGUUUCCACUCAGGUGGGGAGAGGAAAGCUUGCGACUGUCUUGAUCCAACGAGGAACAUUGAGGAAAGGAGCUGUUUUAGUCAGUGGAGUUGCAUGGGCAAAGGUACGAGCGAUGUUCGAUCAUGCUGGGACCCCAGUACCUGAGGCCAAACUCGCUGAUGCAGUUCAGGUAAUCGGAUGGAGGGAAUUACCAUUCGCUGGGGAUGAAAUCCUAGAAGUCGAGAGUGAGCAGCGAGCGCAGGGUGUUCUCAGGUAUCGCCAGGGGCAGGUGGCCAAGACGAAGGCACUGGACGCCCUCGAACUCGUGGAGAAAAGACGAGAAGCACAUGAUGAAGUUUAUAAGGAACAACUGGCAGUACGAAGGGCCUCAGGAAAGAGGAACAGAGUAAAAGGCCCCAGGAAAAAGGAAACAGAAGAUGAUGAUGGAAUUCCCAGAGUUCAUGUGAUUUUAAAAUCAGACGUUCUUGGAUCUGCUGAAGCUAUUCUCGAUGUCUUCGAUACUUAUUCCGACAAUAAACGAUGUCAUGUUGAUGUCAUUCAUUAUGGAAUCGGUGCUAUUACUGAGAGUGACGUCGAACUGGCAGAGGCUUUCGAUGCGAUUAUUUAUACAUUCAACAUAGACACACCCAGAAAAAUUCAGACCUUUGCCGAGAAAAUGGGAGUCUCCGUUCGCUCACACAAAAUAAUAUACAAACUCAUUGAUGAUGUUAAGAAUGAAAUUGAGAAGAAAUUACCGCCUGUGACGAAGGAGGAGAUAGUGGGGAAAGCGAAUGUUCUUCAGCAAUUCGAAAUAAACGAGAAGAGAAAACCAGUGAACGUCGCUGGAUGUCGUUGCACCGAUGGAAUGCUCAAGAAGAAGGGACUCUACAGGGUGAUACGGGAGAAUGAAACAAUUUAUGAAGGUAAACUGGCGUCGAUGAGACACCUCAAAGAUGAAGUGGACACAGUUAAAUCAGGGAACGAGUGUGGCUUGAGGUUUGAGGAUCCCACGGUCAGUGUCAAACCAGGGGACACAUUAGUCUGCUUCAAGUACUAUGAAGUACCUUCUGUCGUCCACUGGGAUCCGGGUUUCUAAGUACCAUUUCUGCACUGUCUGAUGUGCAAAAGAUGUAUAGAAAAAAAUCAAUGAAACACUUCAAGUUUUAUUUUAAGUACAAAUUGAUUUAUUAUUCCAGUGAAGAUCCAUGUCGUUUCAUAAACGGAAAGUCACUUGUUAUUCAGAAAAUAAACUGACGACAUUUCACUCUA